GGACCGGUCCGACCGGAGACUGACCACUCUGUUGUACAGUAGCCUGUAAAAGUCCGAGGAACGUCUGGGAAACAGCGACGAAUAAAGAGAGAAGGAGAGAAAGUGAUGUACUGGGACACUAUUAUCAGAAACACAGACAGCAAAGACACGAAAAUAAAGAUGGAGAUUUGCCAGACUGGUUAUUACACAGAAGAUUUCAGGACACAGGAAGUGCCAGCUGGUUUCGACUUUGCAUCUUAUGAAUACCCUGGUGAAGACCUGUCUUUUCUGUUAGACAGUAAAGCACCUGGACAGCAGCACUAUCCAGCAGAGAGCAGCUACCCAGAGCCACCAAAAGCUUCUCAUCCUUACAACACCAAAGUGAGCACCUCUGACACUGCUCUCUUCAACCUGGACUCGUACCAGGAUUUCAACUGGUGGGGCUCAUAUCCACACGAUGGGCUGACAGUAGAUCAGUCACAAACUGGAUACCAGGAGUCUCCACAGACAUACCAAAGCCUGGUGCCUCAGAAUGGACAGUUCAGCCCAGCCAUUGAAGGCAGCCACAGCCCCUUUUUAACUGUGAAAGGAUCAAACACAUUACAAAAUGAGACGGAUCAGACCUACUACGACUCUGACGGACAGAGGCAGUCGUCGUCAUCCUUCUGGCCUGAAUACCCAUCUCCCAGUUUCGCUGCCCCCCUACCACACCCACCUCAGGCCUCCUGCCCCACAAACUCCAGCCCUCAGUCCUCAGAGCAGUAUUGCCCCCGUGUGGCCAAACGCAAAAACACACAGCCACAGAGGCCGGACAGGGAGGGCCCGAUGACAGGAAUGUCAGCUUAUCCAGGUUCUGGUCCAAUCCAGUUGUGGCAGUUUUUACUGGAGCUGCUUCUAGACUCCGCCUGCCGUACCUUCAUCUCCUGGACAGGAGAUGGUUGGGAGUUUAAGAUGUCCGACCCCACAGAAGUGGCCAAGCGCUGGGGCCAGUGUAAGAACAAACCCAAGAUGAACUACGAGAAGCUGAGCCGCGGCCUGCGUUACUACUACCACAAGAACAUCAUCCACAAGACGGCAGGCAAACGCUACGUCUACCGCUUUGUCUGCGACAUGCAGGGAAUGCUGGGAAAGACAGCGCAGGAAGUCCUGACCAGUCUGAACGUUUUGCCCACGAACACUGAGUCGUGGCAGUGCCCAGGUGUGCCGGCGGCACUGACGUCGGAGCACAGCAGUGAAACAUGGGUGUCUCAGUAGGAAAGGGGUGCCUGGAGCGGACUGGACUGGACUGGUGCUGCUGGCAGAGAGUGACCAGCAUAUUUUAACAGAGUACUACAGCCUACAAAGUGAGCACUGCCUCUUCAAACCAUGGCUGAGCCCAGCAUCCUUGUUGGGUGAUGUUGUCACAGUCGAACCAGAGGCCAGUUUGUAGAUGCUGCAUUUCAGGGAAAAAACUAAAAUAAAAAAUGUAUAAAUUCACCAUGCAGUCAGUCUUUAAAGAUAAUCCUUUUUCUUAAAUAAUAGACCAAUACCUAACCCAUAAACGUAAAGCUUCUUAACCUCAGGGCUAAAUAACUGCAGCACAGGAACUAGCCAGGGGGCAUUUAUAGCACUAUGAAUAGACGUCUGGGGCCAUAUUCUCAUUUGUUGUGUUUCUAAGGAGGGAUUGAUUUGUAAAUAGUGUUUAUAUGAACCCAUAUGUAGAGUUUUGUGCAUUUAUUUUAUUUUUGAAUACAAAACUCACGUCUACCUCUGUUGCUAAUCAGAAUAACAUAAACUGAGAUAAUUUUCAGGCACUCACUGUGAAAGUUUAAGCCUGUGUGAUGAUUUUGUGUAAAUAAACUGUAUAUAAACAGA